UUUUUCUGAAAGACUUAUUAUUAUUUGUUAAACUUAAGCAAACGUGAUGCUGCCUUAUUUUAGUAGUAAUAAAUCAAAUAAAACGAUUUUUAUUAAUCCUAAUUUUAGAGGAAUACUGCCAACACCAGAAGCUGAUGUCUCGAUGCAAUCGCAAUCUGUUAUUCCUAAGAAUGCUCAUAUAAAUCCAUUAUUCUUGGAGGCUCAUAAAUCCAGACAUACAAUACAUAUGAAUCCAGCAUUUUUACAAAAAAUCCAAGAACGCCAGCAAUUGCAACUACAAGCACAUGAGGAAAAAGAAGCAAUUAAAAGAAAUAGCUUGCCAGAAUGCCCAAAUAAUUUGUUGACACAUAAAGCCAACGGAAUUGCAACAAAUUGCCCAGGUGAACAAAGUGAGACUACAGAAACUCGCAAGAUUAUUUGCAAGUCUAAAAAUCGUUUAAUACGAGAACCGUUAAAAAAACCGGAUUGCCAGCAUUUAAAACUUUCCAAACCAUCUAUUCCUCUGUCACCAUUGUUAGUGUUAAGCAAACGUAAACUAAUAAGAAAGGUUUCUGCUGCGCCAGUACCAUUCAAAAAAUCCGAAACAGAGUGCUGCGAUGAUUCUAACGCAAGGAUAACAAAAUAUAAAUUGGAUAAUCGUGUUGUAAGAAAAAAAGCUCUACUUCCACCCACCCCGAAAAUUAAACGUACAUCGUAUGUGGGUCGAUAUGCAUUGAGAAGAACUUCCAGUAGCCAAUCUUCAAGUACAUUAGCUAGGAAGUCAAUAGCAAUUAAUAAAAACGCAAACAAAAAGCUACAAGUUCUUAAUAUCAAUGGAUUGCUUUAUAAAUCCACACAAAACUCUUUAAAGUUGAAAAACAUAGUUACGGUGCGGCCUUGCAAUAAUCCAAUAUUAAAAUCAUCCAAAGCAACUUCUUGCAUUAAAAAUACUAAUAAUAACCUAAAAGCUGUUCAAGGUCUGACUAUAUUUGUAAGAGGAACUAAAUAUGUGAUGGACGCCAAUAAGUUUAAAUUAACUCGAGUAACAAACAGUGAUAAUGCUGCCACCAAUAUUAUGGCUAAUAACAAAUGCUCCCAAGCUCCCACACGCCAACGUAUUGAUAUUGGCGGCUAUACUUAUAUAUCUCUCAACUCUGCUAAAAAUGUUUUAAUUAGGACUACAAAUCAUUUGUCUCGUGCUUACGUUCACAAUGCGAAACAAAAGAGCUUGCAAAUGCUAACGAAACGUUUGGUUAAAACUAAUAUUCCAUGUCCAAUAUUUCAACGUAUUGGCAAAUGUGCUGCAUUCGAAAGAGGGAAAUGUUCUAAAGUACAUAAUAAGUUGCAAGUUACCAUAUGCAGCAAAUUUCUACGUGGUGAAUGUCUUAAUACAAACUGUUUAUUGUCCCAUAAUAUCUCGUUAUCGAAAAUGCCUGUGUGUAAGUUUUUCCUACAAGGAGUUUGUGUACGAAAUGAUUGUCCAUACUUGCACAAAAAAUUAAGCAACAAAGCUGAACUCUGUACAGAAUUUCUAAGAGGUUUCUGCCAAUUGGCCGAUAAGUGUAACAAACGUCAUGAAUUUGUAUGUCCUGAAAUUGAACGCAACAACAUAUGUACCACCAAAAACUGUAUUUAUUGCAAAGCAAAACGGCGAAAAGAAUCGAAAAUAGAGAAAAAAUUGGAAGUUCUUCAAAGUAAAGAUGCAAAUUUGAAAUUGUCCUUAGCUAGUAGCUCUGCUGAAGUUACAGAAAAUCCGUCAUCUAAUCGUUACUUCAUAGAGCCAUGUGAUAAAACUUUUAAAGAUAUCAAAGAAAGUAAGGCUCAAUUUACGAACGAGGGCAACGCCAACAACAUUGAGACAAAUAUGGAGGAAAGUUUAGUAGAAAAUGUUGAGCCUAGUCGAAAAACUCGACCCAAAUUAGGCGUUCUACCGUCAUAUAUACCAUUAUGAUAAAGAGGAGUGGAGGAACAAGAGAAAUUCCAAACGUCAGGUACAAAAUUAUAUCAUGUAUGUUUUUUUAUAUUAAUUUUAUUUUUAGUUUUUAUUGUCUUAUCCAAUUACGUUUUACUGAUCAUUGACUAUCGAGUGGUAGUCUAAUAAAAAAACAUUUUUUCAGAAUUAAAAAUAAAAGUGAUUAUAUAAAAUAAGUAAA